UUUCCGGUCUAGUCGUCCCCGAAUCGAUAGUCAUGGCUUCGAAGAGUCGAUUGUCUCGCGAAGAAAAAGGGAAAGAUAUCGCCGAUUCUUCAAGUCCGGCCAAAGACGCAGAUGGUGGUGUUUUAGAUGAGUUCGAGCUGAUUCAUCGGGACGCUCUCAGAGAUACAGAGAAUCUGAGUCUCUCUCAACGUCUCUUAGUCGCCAACGCCCACCGACAGUUUCGCGAAGAGGAAGAGCGGCAAGUUGAAGACGAGGAAGACGUCGAAGGCGGGGGACGUCUUGAAGACGAUGUCGGUAGUGGUCCUGAAGCGCCCAGAGCGGUUGUGAGGCCCCGUAGGCGAGCUCGUCGAGGAGUUGGUUCUGACCGACUGGAACAUCCCCUUGCGAUUCGGAGUACUCGCUAUGACCGGAUCGACUGCCGUCCUGUCAUUUACCAUCCGGGCGGGAUCUUCGAGAGGCUACCCCGUCUUCCUUCGGAGGUGCUGCGUGACCCGCGGGUCCAAUCAUGGGAGAACGUGUUUAGCUCCUGCUCCUCCGACAAGACUGUGCAGGACUUGUUGAGACAAUGUGGCGGCGCCGGCGUUACCUACCUAAUUCCUUCUACCGAACAGCGUCCUUGGUCGCCUCCAAUGGGGUAUCAAUGCGUGUACGAGUCAUACUUCAAAGACCAGACCAAGCUCUGGUUCCCAAUCCCUCGGUUGAUCACAUCGUACGCGUUCCGUAGGGAUAUCGCGAUCUCACAGUUGUUGAAUGGGUCGCUACGCGUAGCCGUGAUGUUGAUGGUCAUGGCAGCGGAAAUGGAUAUCUCGAUGAGCGUGAGAGUAUUUGAAGAACUAAACUCCACAAAGGCGGAGCCGAAUGGAAUUUUCUCGGUGAAGAUGCGUGCGAGCUACAACGUCCUAACUGGUCACCCAAACAAGACGCCGGACUGGCAGCGCGCAUACUUCUACGUUAAGUCUGAUGAACAUGCUUUUGAGGAACCGCCUGGGGACGACUACCGCGUUUUAUGGAAUAAAGAACUUGUUCGUCAUCCGAAUACGAUUGCCUACCCAGAGAAGUUUUUUGAGAGUGCCCAAGCAAUCGCAGCUCACAGUCAUCUUCGUUGGCCGGACCUUAGUCGCGAGUGGAUCCGUCGUCAACAAGCUAGAAUUGUUAGAGGUAGAUUUUGUUGUUUCCUUUCCUGA